AUGACAGAGAAGGAGGUGCCAGAGCCGCCGGCUUCACCUGGCCCAGGUGGGAAACCCAGGAGCCGGCUGCAGAGGCUGAAGCAGCUUUUCCGGCGAAAGCCCAAGGAGGAGGCAGCCCCGGAGCCACAGCCCAACGGGGAGCUGGUCAGCCCCUCUGGGGGGCCCAUCUACUACAUCUACGAGGAGGAGGAGGAGGAGGAAGAGGAAGAGGAGCCAGAGCCUCCUCCUGAGCCCCCGAAGCCUGUCAAUGACAAACCCCACAAGUUUAAGGAUCAUUACUUCAAGAAGCCCAAGUUCUGCGACGUUUGUGCCCGCAUGAUCGUCCUCAACAACAAGUUCGGCCUGAGGUGCAAGAACUGCAAGACCAACAUCCACCACCACUGCCAGUCCUACGUGGAGAUGCAGCGCUGCUUCGGCAAGAUCGUGAGUGCCGGCCGGGCGGUCUCUCCUCCGCAUGGUGGCCGGGCAUGGCCUCAUCCCCGCCACGCUCCCCGACUCGGCCCCUCUUGCCAUGUCCUUGCAGCAAACAGGAGCGACCCUGUGUUCGAGACCCUGCGCACGGGUGUCAUCAUGGCCAACAAAGAGCGCAAGAAAGGGCAAGAUGACAAGAAAAACCCGCUGGCCGCAAUGAUGGACGAGGAGCCCGAGGCCGCCAAGGCGGAUGGGAGCAAGGCCGAGGGCGGCACCGCCGAAGGCGACAAGAAGGCCGAGAAGAACACGGCAGAGGACAAGAAGCUGCAGCCAGGGCUGCGCGGCGGCUACCCGCAGUCUCACUAUUUCGUGGCACUUUAUCGCUUCAAAGCCCUGGAGAAAGACGACCUGGACUUCCCGCCUGGGGAGAAGAUCACAGUGGUGGACGACUCUAACGAGGAGUGGUGGCGGGGCAAGAUUGGUGAGAAAAUUGGCUACUUCCCGCCGAACUUCAUCAUCCGCGUGCGGGCGGGCGAACGGGUGCACAAGGUGACGCGCUCCUUCGUUGGCAACAAGGAGAUCGGGCAGAUCACGCUCAAGAAGGACCAGAUUGUGGUGCAGAAGGGCGAGGAGGUGAACGGCUACGUCAAGGUCUACACGGGCCGCAAAGUGGGGCUCUUCCCCGUGGACUUCCUGCAGGAGAUCUGA